AUGAAAUUUUCACUCAUCUAUGCAAAUGUUUUGCAUAAAAAUGUCUUUCUUAUAAUCUAUUCAUUUGCCUGUCGUUCGAUAGAAAAGAAAAAGGUAUUUUUACCCGGUGUCGUUUCCUUAUCUCUGUAUUUUGCAAAUCAACGAACGAACUUUAUACGUACAAUGGCUCUACGUACAUUGAGCGUAGUGGAUUAUAUACUCCUUAUAAUACUUCUUCUAUCAUCGGCAGUGAUUGGGGCGAUAUUCGGAUUCUUUAAAUCGAAGAAAAGCUCAGCGAAAGAAUUUCUUCUCGCUGAUGGUGGCAUGGGAGUGUUUCCAACAGCAUUGAGUAUAAUGGUUUCAUUUCUCUCAGCUAUUACUCUAUUAGGAACACCGAGUGAGGUUUAUGUGUUUGGAACUAUGUAUUGUUAUCAGGCUAUUUCUUGGACAUUUGCUUCAACGAUUACGGCAUUGGUAUUCAUGCCAAAAUUUCGUGAAAUGAAUUGCACGAGUGCUUAUGAAUAUUUAGAAAAACGAUUUGAUCGAUCCGUGCGUAUGUGUGCUUCUUUCGCAUUCUCGUUCUUCAUGUUGAUCUACAUGGCCAUUGUUUUAUAUGCACCUGCAUUGGCAUUGAGUCAAACAACUGGUUUGAAUAUUUGGCUGUCUGUUGUUUCGAUUGGUGUCAUUUGUACAUUUUAUUCAUCGGUGGGUGGCAUGAAAGCUGUGAUCUGGACAGAUGUUUUACAAGCGUUAGUCAUUCUUAUUGGUUUACUUGCCGCUAUUAUACAAGGCUUCAUAGCGCUUGGUGGCAUUCUAUUCUAUUUUCUUGUUUUAAGUGUAAGUCCUGAUCCUCGUGUUCGUCAUACGAUUUGGUCUUUACUGAUCGGUGGUGGAUUCAAUUCUUUAUCGACCUAUGGUUUUAAUCAAACACAGGUUCAACGUUAUAUGUGUGUUCGAACAACACGCGGCGCUAAACAAGCAUUAUUCAUCAACGCUGCUGGUGCAGCACUGGUCAUUAUUUUAUGCUGUAUUAUUGGAAUCAUUCUGUAUGCAUAUUAUGCAGAUUGCGAUCCUUAUACAGCAAAAUAUGUAACCGACAUCGAUCAGAUCUUUCCCUACUUUGUGAUGGAUGUGCUAAGUGAUAAGAAAGGUCUUCCAGGAAUCUUUCUUGCUUGUGUUUUUUCCGGUUCAUUAUCGACGAUUUCGUCGGGUUUGAACAGUCUUGCUGCCGUUGUUAUCGAGGACGUAUACAAAGGAUUGCUAGGACGAAGUUUGACUGACGAACGGCAAGGUUUCGUAUCGAAGAUCUUCUCCAUUAUAUUAGGUGCUGUAGUGGUGUUGUUGACGUACAUUGUGAGUUAUCUUGGAUCAAUUCUGAACGCUGCAUUAUCGUUAUUCGGAGUGUUAUCGGGUCCAAUUAUGGGUGUGUUUUUUCUUGGUUUCUUUAUUCCACAAGCAAACAGUCGAGGUGGUUUUAUCGGAUUCUUAGCCAGUCUUUUCUUGCAGUUAUGGAUUUUCUUGGGUGCACAAUUUACAAAGAAGCAAAUGAGAAGUGAACGUCUUCCAUUAUCAGUUGCUCUUUGUCCCACACCAGUGAAUGUCACCAAGCCUAUAUCAGUUCCAAUAAAACGCGAUCCAUUACUCGACUUCUAUUCAAUCAGUUAUAUGUGGUACACACCCAUUGCUGUCGCUACUGUUCUCAUUGUUGGUAUUAUCGUUUCAUACAUAACUCGUCCACUUAAGCCCGGUGAAGUCGAUCCGAAACUGCUUAUACCUGUUAGUGAUGUAUUUUGCUGCUGUUUGCCUAAACCAAUACGCGAUUGGCUUCGAUGCGGUGUGAAAGAAGAAGACAAUAUUGAAACUAAAAUUGAAAAUGACGUCGAGCUAGCAGAAUCAGACGGCUAUAAUACACUUCAUACUAGCGGAAGUUCGCAAACAAUGGGUGCCGACUCACAAACUAUAGUUUCAUCAGACAUUGUGAUAAACAGAACAAUAGACGGUGCCUAUGAUAAUCCAACGGUGUCAGCGAAAGACUAA